AUGGGUGGCAAAGGUGGCAGUUCUGGCGGCAACAGCGGUGGAGACAACGGAGGAGGGAACGGAAGUUCUUGUGGCAGUGGUUUGUCUAAGGGCGGAGGCAAUGGUGGUGCCGGCGGUGGAUAUAUUAAAGCACCGGGUAAUGAUAGGUCAUAUAUUUCAAGAGUCGGAUUUGAGGCAAAUCCUCAGCUCUACAUUUCGGGCGUACAUGUGAUCAAGAUUGAAGAGCAUUUGGAGAUGGAUAACAAGGGUUGCAGCAAAGAAACUGGAGCAGGCGCAGCAGGAGCUGGUGGUGGCAAUAGCAGUGGUGGUGGGACUAACAAAGGUGGCAACAAUGAUCUGGUCAUGAAGGCUCCGGGUGGUGAUGGUGCAUAUCUAUCAAGGACUGGCUUUGAGAGCGAUCCAAAGGGCUACUUUUCUGACCUGCAUGCUAAGGAGAAGGUGGGAGUUCUGGAGGAGGAGCCAAAGGCGGUGGAGGCAACGGAGGAGGGAAAGGAAGCUCCGGUGGCGGUGGUUCGUCUAAAGGCGCGCAGCGGCAGUGUUGGUGCUGGCGGUGGAUAUAUGAAAGCGCCUGGUGGUGGUGGCUCAUACAUUUCAAGAGCCGGAUUUGAGGCAAAUCCUCGAGGAUAUUUCUCGGGUUUACGUGGUGGCCAGAAGGGCAAAUGA